AUCCUCUUAACAGUGAGGCUGGAGAUGUGGAUGUCAUCUGUGCGCGUUCAUGCAGAAACGACCACACAUACACCCAUACAUGUCCACUGACCCACCUGUAACUGCAACAAUGAAUUAUUAAAGAACAUUAAGGAACCUCUCUGUGUCCUGCUGAUCAGAGCCCCUGUCCUCCAAGUCCUAUCAAGCCAGCACAUUCCCAGAGUACCCACUCACAUCCAGCACCCCUCAUAGUUUUCUGCCAAACAGCAGUUCAUAUGGAAAAAAUCCUGUAGAGGCCUGGGAAACCUCCUGCACUGCAAACAGAGGAUCUAGCCACCUAUCCCAAUUACAGUCAUCCUCGUGCACAAACUGUAUAUCAAAACUGAGUGAAUGUGGUAUACAGGGUAACCAGCUGACAUUCAGGAAAAGAUGCACACAAAUGUUGCAUUAAGGGGUGCAUCAGGUGGGAGCUAAUCACGGCCUUGACACUAUGCCUUACCCCCGAUAUCUAAUUUCUACUGGCACAACAGGAUAUUUGUGAACGUCCCCAUGCACACACCUAUGAACCCAUGAUGCCUAACCAAAGACAGAGUCAAAUCAGGUUUUGGGGAACUAUAGACUUUGCACAGGCAGAAUCCACCAUUGCCCAAUGUAUACCACCUGGAUCCUUACCGGAAUGCUGGGGGCACUCCAUGAGGGGGCACUCUCUGAGGAAGUGUUGGCCCCACUUCCAGCAGUCCUGCUUUGGUGCUUGUGGAACCCCAGGUGAGUCAGGGCCAACGUCCGUAGUGGCAGGAACCUGGGACAGAGAGAAAAAAGAUGGAGGAUAAGAGGAUUAGAGCAUUGAGGGGAGGGGAAAGUCUCUGGUGUGUGUGAGUCCUGGCUUCCUGCGGAAGUCUGGCAUUGGUCGGACAGCUGCUCGUGGCUGUGGGCACUCACUGCCCCCGCUGGCAGACCCUCCAGAAAUUGCUCCAGCACCUCCUGGGCCAUUUCUCAAUACUCAAGUGGACCCCAAAGUGACACCAGUGAUUCAGCCCCUCAGACGUCUACCGCUUGCCCUCCGGGAUGGUGUUGCAGCCAAACUCUGUAACGUUAAUGUUAAUUUCACUAGCUCACUGUGAGUUUGUGUGAGGUGCACUGGCAGAGAAGAACCCAAAAGCAUGACAGAGACAGAGGAUUGAUAACUUAGGAGAUGGUGAAUGGAGUAGCCAUACCCGUUGUCCAGAGCAGUGGCGUAACAUAGUAACAACAGGCCCCAGUGCAAGCUUUUAUAACUCACACACACACACUGUAUGUGGUAUAUAUUACACAGCAAUGUUGUUAUGCCCCAGUCUAGGGGUCCUAGGACAUAACAAGAUAUGGCCUCCUCUUCCCCAAGUCCCAAGUGACCACAAACAAUUUUUAGUUGUAUAUUCAGAAAACAAAAUGAUAUAUAUACAAAAGUAAUUUAACUAACAAAAUUAGAUGACAAUAUAUUUUAACUGAGGUAUAGGCUUCAGGGUUGACUAAGGCCAAAAUAACAAACAAAAAGUUGCCUGUCUAGAAAAUAAUAAACCUUACCUAGUCAACCUUAAGGAAACCAAAUGACAAGGUCUACAAAGCUGAAGUGUGGCCCGUUGGGAGAUGAGGAGGAUGAGGAAGUGCGUGCUGCCAUCUGCCAUGCUGCCAUUCUGCCCUCUGACGUCCACCAUAUCGGCACCUUAUGUAGCAGGUGGUGGAGUACAGCCAAUCGAGAGCCAGGGCCCUGAACCACUCCACCAAUCCUGGCACGGCUAUGGCACACACCUAUUUGCCUCGGAGAUUGAAGACAAAAAAAACACAGGGCACACAAAGCACUCACAGCAGUUUGAAAUAAAAAUAAUGACUACAGUCAUAACAAUGUGUAUUUCACUUUGGCUAUUGUACUGGAAAGGUAGAAAGCAGAGGUCAAAGGGGAAGUGAUCAGAACCAUGGACAGCACUUGGUCAGAGUGCUUAGAGGUAAAAACUAUAGCUGUGCCUCAAUAGUCAAGGCUGCAAAUGUGCAGCUGACUGGGCCAGUGGGCCUGUGUUCUUAAAUAUAUACUAGCCCACACAACUCAAGGGUCCCUUUCUUCUUCUCCUAAUAGAAUCUGGCAGACAUAAUCCAGUGAGAUCUGAGACCAUGGAUGAUAUAAAACAGUUAGGGGAUGAAGUAGGCCACAAGGAGUUGACCAUCUCUCUGUUUUCUUAUUACAAGGAUGUCCCCCAGAAUCAUUGUCUAAGCAGGGCUAAGGUGUGUCUCAAACCUGGAUGACAAACCACAAGACAAUCUGGCAGAGAGCGUUAGGGAAGAAGAUGAUGAGUCAGUGGGGAACUGAAGGUGGAAGGUGAGAGGAUAAAAGGAGCAAGCUGUGGAGCAACCAUCUACAUUGACAACCGCACAGGAUCAGGAACGAUAAUGGGAAAAGUGUUGUGGCUGCUGGCUUCUCUGGCCUCUGUGACUUAUCUGGUUGAUGGUUCUCCACUGAAGGUGAUGUCUGCCCCAAAUGUGUUACGUGUAGGAACAACAGAGAACAUCUUUGUGGAGUGUCAAGACUGUACAGGGGGAGACAUACAGGUUCACAUCAACGUAAUGGACCAUCCAACCAAGCUGGUGACCACAUCUGUGACCCUUACCAGUGCAAAUAACUUCCAGGCACUUGGACAAAUAAAGAUCCCUGCUGCAGGGUUUAGCAAGGACCCCACCGUGAAGCAGUAUGUCUACCUGCAAGCUCAGUUCCCUGACCGCCUGCUGGAGAAAGUCGUCCUUGUGUCCUUUCAUUCCGGCUACAUCUUCAUCCAGACUGACAAGAGCCUCUACACCCCUGACAGUAAAGUUCUUUACAGGCUGUUUGCAGUGACACCUCGUAUGGAGCCCGUGGAGAUGAAUGACUUAAUUGACAUUGAGAUUAUGACUCCUGAAGGCAUCACUUUAGCUGUUGAAUCAGCCUCUCCAACAUCGGGAAUCCACUCUAAUGAUUUCAAACUAGGUGAAAAUGUCAGUCCUGGAGUCUGGAAAGUGGUGGCCAAAUUCCGCAACAACCCACAGCAGAGCUACACUGCAGAGUUUGAGGUCAAAGACUAUGUGCUGCCAGGUUUUGAGGUGAAGCUGACGCCUUUGAGCUCCUUCUUCUAUGUGGACAGUCCCGAUCUCACUGUCAUCAUCAAAGCUUCGUAUCUGUUUGGUGAAGAGGUAACUGGCACAGCAUACGUGGUAUUUGGGGUUGUGCUCGAAGGUCAGAAGAGGAGCUUUCCAAACGCUCUUCAGAGAGUAGCGAUGGAAAAAGGUGCUGGAGUGGCCAAACUGAAGAGGGAACACAUCACACAGACCUUCCAGAAUAUUGACCAGCUUGUGGGGAGUUCCAUAUUUGUAGCAGUCAGUGUGCUGACAGAGAGUGGUAGUGAAAUGGUGGAGGCAGAGGUGAGAGGCAUCCAGAUCAUUAGAUCCCCCUACACCAUUCACUUCAAGAGAACGCCCAAAUAUUUCAAACCAGGAAUGUCCUUCGAUGUUUCGAUUGAAGUUGUGAAUCCAGAUGAAACUCCAGCUAAAGGUGUUGCUGUGAUGGUGAAUCCAGGUGAAGUGAAGGGUUUGACUGCAGCUAAUGGCCUUGUAAAGCUUACCAUCAAUACAGAGGCAAGAGCAUCAGUUCUGAGAAUCACUGCAACAACCAGUGAUCCUCGUAUUUCACCUGAAAGACAAGCAUCAGCCACCAUGGUAGCUCUUCCGUAUAAAACUAAAAGCAACAGCUACAUCAACAUAGCUGUGUAUACAGCAGAACUGCAGUUAGGAGACAAUCUGAAGUUUAUCCUCAACUUGAACAGGCCGUCAAAUCAAGACACUGAUAUCACAUACCUGAUCCUGAGCAGAGGUCAGUUGAUCCAACAUGGCCGUUACAGGACAAGAGGACAAGUAAUGAUUUCCCUGACCAUUCCCAUCACCAAAGACAUGCUGCCAUCAUUCCGCAUCAUAGCCUACUACCAUCCAAAUGACAAUGAAGUGGUAUCAGACUCUGUCUGGGUGGAUGUCAAGGACUCCUGCAUGGGCUCGCUGAAGUUAGAACCCUUGAGACCUGCUACAUCCUAUGAGCCUCGAAGGGUGUUUGGUCUGAAGGUUACUGGAGAUCCAGGAGCUACAGUUGGACUGGUGGCAGUUGACAAAGGAGUCUCCCUGAAUAACAAGCACCGCCUCACCCAGAAAAAGGUGUGGGACAUUGUGGAGAAAUAUGACACAGGCUGCACCCCUGGUGGAGGAAUGGAUGGUAUGAAUGUGUUCUACGAUGCUGGGCUGUUGUUUGAAUCCAGCACAGCUUCUGGAACUCCUUACAGACAAGAACUAAAAUGUCCAGCCCCCAGCAGGAGGAGAAGACAAACCCCUAUUAUGGACGUCACAAGCAGCUCAAGUGAGGUUGAAGAAGACAGUUACAUGGACAGCAAUGAGAUAGUGUCUCGCACUCAGUUCCCUGAAAGUUGGCUGUGGACAGACAUCGUUCUGCCCUCUUGCAACACACUCAACUGUGCAUUCAAGGAUAAUGUUCCUUUACCAGACUCAAUCACAACCUGGCAGUUGACUGGCAUUAGUCUGUCAAGAACCCAUGGAAUCUGUGUCAGUGAGCCGUUAGAAGUGAUUGUCCGGAAGGACUUCUUCAUUGACCUUAUACUGCCCUACUCUGCUGUCCAUGGAGAGCAGCUAGAAAUUAAGGCAAUCCUCCACAACUACACCCCCGAUCUUAUCACUGUGCGUGUGGAUCUGACUAAGAUGGAGGAUGUGUGCAGUACAGCGUCUAAACGUACAAGAUAUCGUCAGGAUGUCAGAGUCUGGCCCCUGACUACACGAUCAGUUCCCUUCAUCAUUAUACCCAUGAAGUACGGACAAUUCAACAUUGAGGUCAAAGCAGCCGUGAAGGACUCGUCGCUCAAUGAUGGAGUCAUGAAGAUGCUGCGGGUGGUGCCUGAAGGUGUACUAAUUAAGUCUGUACAGACUAUAAUUCUAGACCCCUCACACAAAGGAGGUAAACAAGAAGAAACUCUCAAUAGUGGAAUUCCAAAGAAAGACUGGGUUCCUAACACACCUACAAGCACACAGAUCUCUGUGACAGGGAGUGAAGUUGGUCCAUUGGUGGAGAACAUCAUUAGUGGGGAGUUGAUGACUUCAUUGAUCCAGUUGCCACACGGCUGUGGAGAGCAGAACAUGAUCUACAUGACUCUACCUGUCAUUGCAACCAUGUAUUUGGACAAAACUAACCAGUGGGAAACUGUGGGCGUUCAGAGACGGAAUGAAACCCUCCAGCAUAUCAGGACCGGCUACAAUAAUGAACUCGCCUUCCGUAAACGAGAUGGAUCUUUUUCAGCAUGGCCCAGGGCCAAAAGUAGCACCUGGCUCACAGCUUAUGUUGUCAAGGUGUUUGCCAUGUCCUACAACCUGGUGGAAAUGAAGAAGAAUGUGAUCUGUGACGCUGUCAAGUUUCUGAUUUCCAAUGCACAGCAACCUGAUGGCAUGUUCAGAGAAGUCGGAAGGGUGAUCUACAGAGAGAUGAGUGGUGAUGUGCAAGGCUCAGAUUCAGAUGCCUCCAUGACGGCGUUCUGCCUCAUCGCCAUGCAGGAGUCACGCAAGCUAUGUGCUGACACAGUUAGUAGUCUGCCUGGAAGUAUUGACAAAGCCGUGGCCUACCUGGAGAAGCGUUUGUCCAGCCUCACCAACCCAUAUGCUGUAGCCAUGUCAUCAUACGCUCUGGCCAACCAAGACAAACUGAACAGAGAGAUCUUCUACAAUUUUGCUUCCCCAGAGUUGUCCCACUGGAAUGUUCCUAAAGGACGUGUUUAUACAUUAGAGGCCACAGCUUAUGCUCUUCUUGCUCUGGUCAAGGCCAAGGCCUUGGAAGAUGCUAGACCUAUUGUGAGAUGGUUCAACAAACAGCAGAGGGAUGGUGGAGGCUAUGGCUCAACUCAGGCUACGAUGAUAGUGUACCAGGCUGUAGCAGAAUACUGGGCCAGUGCUCAAGAACAAGAGUAUGAUCUGUAUGUGGACAUCCAUUUGCCUGGCAGGCCCAAGCCAGAGAAGAUCAACUUCAACAGGAACAACCACCACACGACCAGAACAUCAAACUUCAAUGAUAUAAACCAGGAUGUUAAAGUGACUGCGACAGGAACUGGAGAAGCAACACUGAAGAUGGUGUCGCUGUAUUACGCUCUGCUGACGGAAAAAGAGAGUGACUGUCAGAAGUUUAACUUGUCAGUGGAGCUUAUUCCAGAGAAAAUGGAUGAGGAUGAGGCGAUAUACAAACUGAGAAUAGAAGUCUUAUAUAAGAACAAGGAUCACGAUGCAACUAUGUCAAUCUUGGAUAUUGGCUUACUAACUGGCUUCACUGUCAACAAAAAUGACCUGGACUUGUUGGCCCAAGGACGAGCCCGUACCAUUGCAAAAUAUGAGAUGGACACAGUUCUGUCAGAGAGAGGUUCAUUGAUCAUCUACCUGGACAAGGUUUCUCACACACGAUCAGAGGAGAUCACUUUUAGGAUCCACCAGACUCUGAAAGUGGGCGUCAUGCAACCAGCGGCUGUAUCUGUCUAUGAAUAUUAUGACCAAACACAAUGUUUGAAAUUCUACCAUCCAGAGAGGAAAGCUGGGCAGCUGCUGAGGCUCUGUAGAAAUGAAGCAUGCACAUGUGCUGAAGAGAACUGCAGCAUGCAGAAGAAGGGUAAAAUCAGCAAUGAUUUACGCACAGCUAAACCCUGUGAGAGUACACCUACCAGCAAAAUUGAUUUUGUUUACAAAGUGAGAGUGGAAGACUUCACACAUGGUUUGUCCACUGAUAUUUACGCAAUGCGGAUAAUGGAAGUGAUCAAAGAAGGAAAUUAUGAUGUUGGUCCCCAGGGUAAACUACGUGCAUUCCUCAGUUACCCUCACUGCAGGGAGGCUUUAGAUCUGGGUAAAGGGAAAACGUAUCUCAUCAUGGGCACAUCAAAGGAUAUUCACACGGACCAACGGGAUCAGUAUGUGCUCAGUGAGAGAACCUGGAUCGAGUACUGGCCCACAGACGCAGAGUGUCAAAAGGCUGAACACAGGCCAACAUGUUUGGGCUUGGAGGAGAUGGUCACAGAGUCCACGCUCUUUGGAUGUCAGCAUUAGGGCAACACCAGAAAAUGGUCUGUCCUUUGCCCAUUUUUAAUUUUUUAAUUUCUUAUGCAAAACUUAAACUGUUUUAAGAUCAAGGUUCAUCCAUCCAUCACCGCUUUAUCCUCCACCAUGUGUCUUUAUUAUCCCUGAGGGGCAAUUUGGGUUACAGCUAGCAUUCACAUAUUUACACAUAUGACACAAAAGUAACAAUAUUAAACACAACAAUAGAACAAGUGUGAUAUUUGAUUCAUUAUUAAGGAGACUGAUUGCUGUAGGAAUAAAUGAUGAUUUAAACAUGUUAGUUCUGCGCAUGUUGUAUCUGCGCACAUGAUUCGUGUCAGCCAAGAUGUGUUGUUUUUUUUUUUUUUAAGCACCUGACCUGAUAUAGCUGAGGUCAUUCAGUGCUAUUCUGGCAAUUUUACUGCACACUUUCACGAUGCCCUUUAGGCAUUUUUUGUUUACUUAAAAGAAGGUGACCCUUUAAAGAAAGUAAUGUAAGAGAUUGAAACGUCACACUGUGGAAUAAACAAUAUAGUCUUCAUCUAAAUGUCUGCAUCAUUUUAAUUUAGAUUAAUGCACAUUAUUUAAACUGUUGAUCAUUACUGUGUGGGGUUACAGUGAUACAUUUUUAAAUCGAUUACUGUUUGGUGCUUUUUAACUUUGCACCGUGGCAAAGAAUAUUAUGAAAGUGAAAAAAAUCCCUCUGUCUUUAUGUAGUCAGGCAGAAAUGUUCAAUUUUGUUGGUAGUGUGUUUGAUUAAUGUAUAGCACUAAUUCAGAAUUUAUAUUGUUAUAUUUAUAUAUUAUACUGUACACUACAACACUGCGCUUUAUCCACCUGAUGCUGCAGAAUAAAACCAACGGCGGUGAACCUGCAGGACCUCAAUGCACUUCUAGAAUCUUCUAGAGUUUCUGCCAAAUAUAAUCACUUUAAAAACCACUUCAAAAUCGUCCUGAAUGAUUCUCAAAUUAAAACACCAAGAAACUCAUGACAAAUAAUCAAAGUACAUUUUUUUUAAUUUCUGGGUUAGGGUUCAGGGCAGGUCUGAAAUUUGUAAUUUAUAAUAAUUGUGGGACUAAGGCCAGUUUAUGAUAUUAAGUGCUGCGAUGGACUGGCGAACUGUCCAGGGUGUACCCCGCCUAUCGCCCGAUGUAGCUGAGAUUGGCACAGCACCCCCCGCGACUGACUGAUACAUUACUAUGCGUGACUUCGUCAAAGUAUCGCGACAGGAAGAGGCAUUAGUGUGACGUCCAACACAAGAAUCAAACUGAACAAUGCCAAACUGAUCUGAACUAGAUCAGUUAAAAUGAUUUAUUGUGUAGAAUGACAACACUCAACUCAACACUCUCCCACCUUGCUCCCUCACCAACUGUCUCCUUGAAAUAAAGUCUUCCAUCUCCCCAUCCCAUCGGGUAAAGAGUCUAGGUGUCAUCCUCGACAGCACUCUCUCAUCCACAUCCCAUGUCAGUAAUGUUACGCGGUCCGCCUACUGCCACCUCCACAACAUCAACCGCCCCCUCUCUCACUCCUCACACCACUGCCAUCCUGUUCCACAGCCUUGUCUCUUCCUGUCGGGAUUAUAGCUACUCACUUCUGUCUGGUCUCCUUAGAAAACCCUCCACCCACAAACUACAACUGGUUCAGAACCCUGUCCAUGUCAUCUCACAAACCCCCUCGAUCCAUCACACCCAUCUUUCAGCAGCUCCACUGGCUCCCCACCACACAAUGCAUCAAAAAUACUGCUCCUCACUUUCAAAGCCAUACACAACCUUAAACCUCCGUACCUCUAAGAUCUCCUCCACAUAUCCAUUCUUGCCCACACCCUUAGAUCCACCUCACACAUGCUAUAUUUCUUAGCAUGAUAUGUUUAUGUGUGUGUUUUAGUUUUGUGUCUGAUAAUAAGUGAGUUAAUGUUGUGCUGUUUGGACCACAGCAUUGCUAGUGUUGUGUGCGUACAUCGGAUAAAAUCCUUUUAAAUGCAUGUGUGAAGUUUCCAUUGUGUAGUGUUUUGCUUUGGCCACAAGAUGGUGCCAUUGCAUUGUAUAAUCGAAGGACAUUGCCUUCCUUGUGCUCAGUGGGGUAAAUCGCUGAUGCUCUUUACAUGGUUUGCUGUAGUUUCUGUUGAUAUGUGGAUAUUGAUGUCUAAGAAUAUUUGUUUGUUUUUCUUUCCUUUUCUUUGCCUGAGGGAUGAUAAGCCUAAUGGUGAGUUUGUGUUGUUAGACUGCUGUCACUCCUGAGCAGAAAUAAACAUG